CAUAGUGGUAUGUGUAUGGGUCCCGGGAAGGACCAGUUCGUUCUUUCCCCCAUGUAGUUGGUGUAAAAAGGAGGGAAAGAACGUUGUGUUUUGACGUUUCUGUAAGUGCGGUAAUAAUUUAUUCAGAUUAAAAUAUAUGAUAUUGUGAGUGUAAAAUAAUUUAGGCACGAAAAUGCCGUGUGAGAUGAUAACAUUGCAACUCGGCCAAUGCGGUAAUCAAAUUGGCUUUGAGUUUUGGAAAAGACUGUGUGCUGAACAUGGAAUUAGUCCUGAAGGAAUUUUGGAGCCCUUUGCUACAGAGGGGUUGGACAGGAAAGAUGUCUUCUUUUAUCAGGCUGAUGAUGAACAUUACAUUCCUCGAGCUGUUCUGCUUGAUUUGGAACCUCGAGUUAUUCACACUAUAAUGACAUCACCAUAUGCUAAGCUUUACAAUCCAGAGAAUAUUUAUCUGUCAAAACAUGGUGGUGGUGCAGGUAAUAAUUGGGCAUCUGGUUAUAGCCAGGGGGAUAGACUCCAAGAAGAAAUAUUUGAUAUUAUUGACCGUGAAGCAGAUGGAAGUGACAGUUUAGAAGGAUUUGUUCUGUGUCAUUCUAUUGCUGGAGGCACUGGGUCAGGCAUGGGCUCAUAUAUUUUAGAGAGGCUGACUGACAGAUAUCCUAAAAAACUGAUUGAAACCUAUAGUGUGUUCCCUAAUCAGGAUGAAAUAAGUGAUGUAGUUGUGCAACCAUACAACUCAUUGUUAACUUUGAAGCGUCUUACUCUGAGUGCAGAUUGUGUUGUUGUGUUAGAUAAUACUGCUUUAAAUCGAAUUGCUACUGAUAGACUGCACAUACAAAAUCCCAGUUUUACACAAAUAAAUACUCUUGUGUCCACUAUAAUGUCUGUGUCUACAACCACAUUAAGGUAUCCGUCGUAUAUGAAUAAUGACUUAAUUGGGCUUAUUGCUCCUUUAAUUCCAACUCCUCGCUUACAUUUUCUUAUGACUGGUUACACACCCCUUACUAGUGACCAAGAUGUAAGUACUUGUCAUUUUUCCUAUUGUGAUGAAGUUUCUGUUCGUAAAACUACUGUAUUAGAUGUGAUGAGACGUUUAUUGCAACCCAAGAAUAUGAUGGUGUCAACCGCACAUGACCGCUCAGCUAUUCAUUGUUAUAUAUCCAUUCUUAAUAUCAUUCAGGGUGAAGUAGACCCCACACAGGUGCACAAGUCAUUGUUGCGAAUUCGAGAACGCAAGUUGGCACAUUUCAUCCCAUGGGGCCCAGCAAGUAUUCAAGUUGCUUUGUCACGAAAGUCUCCAUACAUCCAGAGUGCACACAGAGUAUCUGGUCUAAUGCUAGCCAAUCACACAAAUAUAUCAUCUUUAUUUGAUCGAGCUCUACAACAAUAUGAUAAACUGCGAAAACGGGAAGCUUUCUUGGAGCAAUUUCGAAAGGAAGCAAUGUUUAAGGAUUCUCUAGAAGAACUGGAUAAUUCUCGAGAAGUUGUUCAAGAGUUGGUUGAUGAAUACCAAGCUGCGACCAGACCAGAUUACAUGUCAUGGGGAAGACAACAACAGUGAAUAUAUAGUGCAACCCACUGGUUAUUUUCUGCAUGGAACAUGACAUUGAAAGUGAAGUCAUUCAGUUUUUAUUUUGCAUGCGAUAUGAAUAGGAGUGUAAUAAGACUAAAUGAACAGUACCUUUUUUUUUUUUAGUAAAGCAAUGGUUAAACUUUGAUACCUGAUUUUGAAGAGUAAUGAAGAGUCAAAAAACUUCCUAAUCUUCCACAUUUAGAGUUCAACCUUUUGUGCAUAUCUAUAUUUUUGCUUUUUUUUCUCUCUCUCUCUUCCUUUUCUCACCCUUUACUUUCUUUUUUCUUCAUUCCUUUUUUAAUUUCUUUCUCUUUGUGAAACCACAGCAUCAUGAGGCUGAACCGUACAAAGUGGAAGUGUGUAUACAGUUUCAUUACUUUGUAUUCUGACUCCUAAACUUUUUUGUCCUUGCUUCUAUUAUCAAACAAUUUUCAAGUAACAUGAGGGUAUUAUCAACUUCAAUAUGUAUGAGAACAUUAAUAGAAAAUUUUUGAUAUGGAGUACUUUUCAAUAGCGCACAAUUAUGUUUGUAGGAAAAUCUUUUAAGUAAGAUUAUUUAUUAUUAAUUUUGUUUCUUUUAAAGAAAGAUUCUUUAAUGGAAAGCAAAAAGCUCAUUGAAUAGGGACAGAUGCUUUGUUAACUCUUUUAUUUAAUAUGCAUUUCUUUGUAAUCGAAUAAAUCACUCAAAUAAUGUGGUAAUUAUUAAAUAUCUUGAUGUAUAAUAUCCUGCAUCUGCUUUAGUUCAUAGCAGAAUAAUAUUGCUUCCAUAUUCUUUAUGUAAAUUAUUUGUAAAUAAAGACUAUCCAUUGAUUUUUGU